UGCCACCCUCUAACAGUAAGCUGGGUACAGGGGCAGACUCACCAUUUGGAAACUUGGGCACUGCCCGAGGGCCCGGGGUCAGUAGGGGGCCCCAUGAGAUGCCCCUGGUACCUUUUUCAUAGGCUUUUUUUACUUUGGGCAAGGACACAGGGGCCCCAUGAUCCCCUGUUGCCCGGCCCAGGGUCAGUAGGGGGCCCCAUGAGAUGCCCCUGGUACCUUUUUCAUAAGGCUUUUUUGAGUUUAUGCAAGGACACAGGGGCCCCA